CGCCCGCCUCAGCCCAGCCCCGCCCAGCCCGGCCGAGCCCAGGGAGCGCGAGCGCGAGCGCGAGCGCGGCGCGAUGGACGGCCGAGUGCAGCUGAUCAAGGCCCUCCUGGCCCUGCCCCUGCGGCCCCAGACCCGGCGGUGGAGGAACCCGAUCCCCUUCCCCGAGACGUUUGACGGCGACACCGACCGGCUCCCGGAGUUCAUCGUGCAGACGGGCGCCUACAUGUUAGUGGACGAGACCCUGUUCUCCAGCGAUGCCCUGAAGGUGACGUUCCUCAUCACCCGCCUCACCGGGCCGGCCCUGCAGUGGGUGAUCCCCUACAUCAGGAAGGAGAGCCCCCUCCUCAAUGAUUACCGGGGCUUCCUGGCCGAGAUGAAGCGGGUCUUUGGCUGGGUGGAGGACGAGGACUUCUAGGCCGGGAGCCCCUCGGGCCCGGGGGCGGGUGCUCGGGGGAGGGUCCGCUGCGCCCGUCGCCGCCGCCCAGAUGGCCGCGGGCGUCGCCCCGCCGCGCCUCCCCCCCUCACCUUCGCCGCGCUCGAGUGGCCGCGCUCUCCCCCGCGCUGCUGUCCCCUCCCGCGUAGUGCUUGCCUUUGUUCCAGGAAUAGCGCUCCGGGUCCCCGCCGCUGCCUCCGGGCCCCGCUCCGGAGCGCGCCGCCGCCCUCUGCGGCCAGCCGGGCCCCUCCCGUGCGCACUUGGACUCGGGCCCGCGCUCCAGCUGCGGGCCGGGCUCCCGUUACACGCCGGGCAGACCACCCACAGCCCGGCCGCCGCGGGCCGCCUCCGCCAGACUGACCGCCAGGCCUGCAGCGC